AUGAAACGUUUCCGAGCUAAAUUGAGCGUACCGGCGUUACAGAAACUUUUUUCUGUAUUCAGAGGCGUGAAGAAACUAAGUCUUGACUGUGAUAGACCUGACGCAGCUAAUAUAAUUAUGGGUCUGAAUAUCAGACACUGCCGUAUGAAAAGAGUCAUCAAUCGAGCAGAAGAAGAAACGCUGUCCAGUUUCUUAGAAGAAGAAGAAGAGGGACAUCCAUGUCCAUUACGAAUGUCUGACGAAAAGAUCAUAAAGAGUUCAUCAAUGACUGGAGUAGACAAGGUUUUCGUCUCCAAAAUUAGAACUAAAUGUGCAAAAGAAGACAAAAAUGAUUCAUAUAAGAAUACACAUUACAGAGCUAUAGCUCAAAUGAAUAAGACAGUGAUACUGGAAGACUUAUCAUUAUCAUCAUCCACACCUAGUGGCAAAGAGGACGAAUUUGGACUCCAGCAAAAAAAUUACGUUCAAGACCUAGAAUAA